CGGCCCGGCCCGCUUGGCCCAUGAAACAAAGUCUACUAUCUUUAAAAUCCGAGGCCACACCUUUUCCCCUUUCACUUUAGGGUUUGUGUUCAAUGUCCGCGGAAAACUCCAAAAGCUGAAGCCUUGCACAUUCUUUCUCUGCGGGAACUAAACUUUAAUUUGUAAACUUUUAGUUGGGACGGCUUGUCGAAUUCUCGAACCAAAAUUAUGGCUCGUUAUUAUACUUCCCGUUCACGUUGGGGUCCACGUAGGGGUUCAUGUUCGAGUUCCAUUUCCACUGUACCCCAAUCCACUUACUCUGCUUUAUCUGGCAAAAGGAGUCCUAGUGCCUGUGACGAGGUUGCGGUGAGAUAUCCAAACGGAGGUUCUACGGUCUUUUAUCAUUCAAAUUUUCGUCCAAGUGCAAUUGGUCGUGGCAUUUCUGAUGACCAAUGCCAGUGGUUGCUUCGGGCGGUUGUUGAGCUAAGCCUUUUUGGCGGGCCUGAUGACCCGGGGUUUAAGCUUUUCCGAGGUAGCCUAUGGACACAGUGUGGCAUUGAGGUGGAUGUUGAGAAUGGUUCGUCCAAGAAUGAUUCGACUUGCGCUAGUUCGGCUCAGGAUUGAAUAAAGAUGAAGAAUAAAUGUGUGAUUUUGGACCUUGGUGCCGACUAGUGCGUGUAGUUAGCUUUGUUUAUAAAAGUAGUAAAUCCACAUGCAAAAAGGAUUUCCUAUAGGACCAAUUUGCUUUGGAUUAAGGUUAUGUUGGGUGCUAUCUAUGAAUUUUACUCAUAUGAUCUGAUAUCAGCUAUUCCUCAUUUUUAA